AUAAUUCAUCGGUAUAUAGGAAAACAAAAAUUUACAUAGUCGACAUGACGACAAUUUCUACUUAGGUGUGACAUGGAAACCGCUCCAAAUGGCCCAUUUGAAGAAUCGUUAAUUAAUAAUUGAAUAUGGUUGAGUCUGUGGCUGGCUAUGCCUCCAAAAUUUUCCCAGCAUUUGCAGUGGGCACCACAGUACAGCUUAAUUUUCUGCAAGUUUGUUACUCGUAGUAAAAGCAUAAUUGGUUUUCACUUUUUCCAACAAUUCAGUACAAUAGAAUCUCAUUUUGUUCAUAAUCCAGUAGCUUUGAAGCUGAAUUUUAUCUUGUACAGAAUGGAACAAAGAGAAAAGGGCACUGUAACAUCUCUUGCAUCUUUAGUCUCGGUAGAAGAAGCCCAAAAGGCAGCAAAGAGAGUAGAGGGUUCCAUUGCUGAACACCGAAAGGAGUUGGACAAUAUUCGUCAUUUCAUUUCUGACAACAACAAUCUAAUCAAUCUCGUUCAUAAGCUUCCUGAUGAACUCCAUCAUGAUAUCAUGGUUCCAUUUGGAAAAGCCGCGUUCUUCCCCGGUCGUUUGGUUCACACUAAUGAGUUCAUCGUACUAUUAGGGGAAAGAUAUUAUGUGCAACGAACAUCGAAACAAACAGUGGGGAUUUUACAAAGAAGGGGAGAGGUUUUGGAUUCCCAAGUUAAGUCCUUCAAGGCAAUGAUGUUGGACCUUAAAGCUGAAGCUUCUUUUUUUGGUUCAACUGCUGCUGAAGCUGCUGAAGGUGUUUUUGAGAUUAGGGAAGAAUAUGUCGAAGAGCACCCUACAGAAAGGAUGUCAAAUCAGGCAGAUCGGGAAAAGCCAGAUACAUCCAGUUCUUCUGAAGUGCAUAAUGUGGAAGUUGCUGGUGAAGAUGAGGAAUAUGCUCGUAUUAUGUCCAGGUUAAAUGAACUUGAGAAAGAAGAACAUGAAGCUGAACAUGUUAAUGAGGAUACCGACUUUGGGUGCUCGAUAAAUGAGCAUUCUUUCGAGCAGCUCAAAAUCUCUCAAGGACAUCAACAUGAGAAGAGUCCUUUGAAGCAAAAUAGUGGAAGUUUAAGUCAAUCCAAGCAAAAUUCUGCUGACCUAUCAAUUGUUGAAAACUUGACUGUAAAGCAACUUCCUGAAGAUAAUUAUUUGCAUAGAGAAGGUUUACCACGAAAGGGCACUUCCAGCCCUACAAAGCCAUUGCAACCUGAAAAGGAGAAAGCGCAAGUAGUGAAAACUUCAAAAUCUGAGAUUUCUGACGAUAAAGCCUCAAAAGAUAAUCCUAAAACAGGGUUUGAUAGUACCAAGGCGUUUACUGGGUCGGUUGUUGAACAUACUCAUGGUCUCCUUGCUAAUGCAGCCAGCGAAACCACUUCCCCACAGUCGACUAGCUUAAGAACAUCAAAGCCAGUUUCCAGAUUCAAGAUGCAGAAAGGUAGUCGGUGAUACUUAAAAAGUCCCCGUGCUCAAUAGGGAAAGAAGUGCCAGAGGAAGAAGGUGAGUGAACGGCAACAGUGAUAGCAUAGAGAUUUAGGGUAUGGACAUGUAUUAUCUGUUAGGGAUGGUAUAAAAAAAAAUAUGUUUUUUUGAAAUUAUGCUCGGUCUUGUACCACAGUAGGAACAGCUGAUCUUGACAUAUACAGAGUAACAGAAACAAUAUGUUGCAGCAGUUAUAUAUGUCGACUCUUCAUUCAAAUUGGUGCCAAAUGUUAUUUUAAUUUUUAGUGUUUUGACCGUAGACUAAA